CGCGCACGGAAGCCGGCGGCGGGCAGGAUGGCGCCGUGACAGCGGCCGCGGCCCUCGCGUCCCCGGCGGCCCGGCCUGCGGCGGCGAGUCCCUUAAAGCAGAAUGACUGUUUUCUGAACUGGCUCUUGGACGGAACCUUGGAAAUUGGAAAGUCCAGAUGAUGGGUAUUCUGGGCCAGCCAUCCUUCUUUCUUAACUGGCCUCUGGUACGCGCGCGUGCGCGCACACACACGCACACACACACCAGAUAUGGAGUCCACUACCUACCCUCUCAAUUUGACCCUGAAAGAAGAGCAAGAGGAAGAAGAGAUCCGGAGCCGGGAACUGGAGGAUGUCCCCACAGACAUGCAGAGAGUGAGAAUCUGCUCAGAGGGUGGAUGGGUACCGGCCCUGUUUGAUGAGGUGGCCAUAUAUUUUUCUGAUGAGGAGUGGGAAGUUUUGACGGAGCAACAAAAGGCCCUGUACCGGGAAGUCAUGAGGAUGAAUUAUGAAACCGUCCUGUCCCUGGAAUUCCCAUUCCCUAAGCCAGACAUGAUCACUCGGUUGGAAGGGGAAGAAGAGUCCCAUAACUCUGAUGAGUGGCAGCUCCAAAGAGGAACCUCCACAGAAAACGAGGAGUCCGACGUGAAGCCUCCAUACUGGGCAGGCCCUGCGAACCCCCACGCACAGUUUCCUCAGCCCCAGCACCUGGACGGCCUAGGCCUGGCCGAGCUGCCCGAGUGGAGCGAGGGGUACCCCUUCUACAUGGCCAUGGGCUUCCCGGGGUGCGACCUGUCUGCCGAGGACCUGGCGGGGAGGUUCCAGUUUAGCCGGGGCAUGCGCCGCAGCUACGACGCGGGCUUCAAGCUGAUGGUGGUGGAGUACGCUGAGGGCACCAACAACUGCCAGGCGGCCAAGCAGUUCGGGGUGCUGGAGAAGAAUGUGCGGGACUGGCGCAAGGUCAAGCCGCAGCUCCAGAAUGCGCACGCCAUGCGGCGGGCCUUCCGCGGCCCCAAGAACGGGAGGUUCGCCCUCGUGGACCAGCGCGUGGCCGAGUAUGUGCGGUACAUGCAGGCCAAGGGGGACCCCAUCACCAGGGAGGCCAUGCAGCUGAAGGCGCUGGAGAUCGCCCAGGAGAUGAAUAUCCCCGAGAAGGGCUUCAAGGCGAGCCUGGGCUGGUGCCGGAGGAUGAUGAGAAGGUACGACUUGUCCCUGCGGCACAAGGUGCCGGUGCCCCAGCAUCUGCCCGAGGACCUGACCGAGAAACUGGUCACCUACCAGCGCAGUGUGCUGGCCCUGCGCAGGGCGCACGACUACCACGUGGCGCAGAUGGGCAACGCGGACGAGACGCCCAUCUGCUUGGAGGUGCCGUCCAGGGUGACCGUUGACAACCAGGGUGAGAAGCCUGUCCUGGUGAAGACGCCGGGCAGGGAGAAGCUCAAGAUCACGGCCAUGCUGGGCGUCCUGGCCGAUGGGCGGAAGCUGCCGCCCUACAUAAUCCUGAGGGGCACGUACAUCCCGCCUGGGAAGUUCCCCAGCGGCAUGGAGAUCCGCUGCCACCGCUAUGGGUGGAUGACGGAGGACCUGAUGCAGGACUGGUUGGAGGUGGUGUGGCGGCGGCGGACCGGGGCCCUGCCCAAGCAGCGGGGCAUGCUGAUCCUGAACGGCUUCCGCGGCCACGCCACCGACUCGGUGAAGAGCUCCAUGGAGAGCAUGAACACCGACAUGGUGAUCAUCCCCGGGGGCCUGACCUCGCAGCUGCAGGUGCUGGACGUGGUGGUCUACAAGCCGCUGAACGACAGCGUGCGCGCCCAGUACUCCAACUGGCUUCUGGCUGGGAACCUGGCCCUGAGCCCCACCGGCAAUGCCAAGAAGCCGCCCCUGGGCCUCUUCCUGGAGUGGGUCAUGGUCGCCUGGAAUAGCAUCUCCAGCGAAUCCAUUGUCCAGGGGUUUAAGAAGUGCCACAUCUCCAGCAACCUGGAGGAGGAAGAUGGUGUCUUGUGGGAAGUGGAGAGCGAGCUACAGGGAGGAGGUGAACCCCCUGUGGAGAGCAUGGCGGAGAGCAACUGAGGGGCCAGCUCCUUGGUGGCUGGUCGGACAAAUGGCACUGACGGCAACAGAGGGGGGAAAUGACUCCCGAACGCAGUGGAUGCACAGGGAGCAGCAGGAAGAAGUGACAGGGCUCUCAACAGCCCAGUUCUGGACAGCGGACAGUGUCCACCCUGGGACACGCCCUGCCUACCCCUUGAAGUGUCCGCAGCCAAGUAGAAGACCCUUAAUUUCAUCAGCAACAAGAUUAGGAAAGAACCCUUCUGCCCAUUUCUUGGAGAUUAUCUGCCUCUCCAUCAGAAGGAGCCUGUAAGUAGGCGAGGGCAAGGUGCUCCUGGGGAGCAGGACCCCACACCAUGGAGACCCAGCAUGUGGGCACAGCUCUGGUGCUGUGAAGAAGCUUUCUGUAGAGAAGACCUCGAAUGGGUGUGUGUCUUGCCUUGAGAAUGCUUCCAGAAGCACAGCCCAUGCCCACAGGGUCACAGGUUUUAUAGAAGGGCAUCAUAAGCCCCUUAGGGAAAAUGAGAUACUGAUGCUAACAGCAAAAUUAAGGUACCCUGGCCUGGUGCCAGCAGGUGGCUUUUCUGAAGACAAACUAGGUUAGUAUGGAAGACAUGGUUAAAGUAAACUUGCUGUUCUAUCUUCCCAGUCUGGAUGGCAGCUAGACUUGUGGGGUCUUGUCUAGUGGGCCUGCCUCUUCACUGUCCUGCUUAAUGGUGAAGGCAGCACUUGGUGCACGAGCUCCUGCUCCCGGGCCACCUGCAGACGUCCCUGUGAGGGGUCUGCUGUCCACAAGGUACAAGGCCUGCAGACUCAUCUGGUACUUUUUAAUGUUCUUGUAACAAGGGCUGUGGGAGGGCACAGGCCUCUACCACAGCUGUUUGGAGACCUGUGAUCAUCCAUCCUGCAAAGACAGCUGGAAGGUCGUUGAGUUUUACACAGUGGUCACUGACAUUCCCAUCGAGUCGAGUGUUACGAAGACAUUCCUUCAAACCCGUCUGCGCUACAGAGCCUCAGAAGAAGCCAUCACUAGGCGCCGUCAUUCCUGGGUCGGGCCUGCUCACUGGCUGCCGCAGUCACUCCUAGACGCAGCUCGCAGCUGUCUUACGAGCUUUUCUUGGCAUCUUGAAGCGCCUCUUUCUACUCAGGUACUCCUCUUCCUUUAGUGAUUCACCUUUCUGAUCUUUUUAAACCAGUCUCCCCAUAGGAGGAAAACUCCACUUAACUUCUAAUAUCCAAAUAACUUUCACUAUCUGAAUUGUUCCCCUAUUUGCUUUAUAUUCUAUA